UACGAAACAGACUGUAUGUCCUCAUCUCGAGAGAGACAGCGAGAGAGAGACAGAGAGACGUGGACGGAUCGAGCGCUUGACGCAUAACCCCGCCUCCUCGGCUCAGAAGGUGGAAAUCCUGCGCCAGUUUACCAGGGUACUAGGGUUCCUUACACCUUUAUGCAUUCGUUCUCCAUUCAGCUUUUCAAGAGAUGAGAUCUUCUAAACGGAUUCGCUAGUACACCUGUUUAAGAAGUGCUUCUCAUGCGCUAAGUAUGAACUGCUGAGGGAUUUUUCUCGCCAGUCGAGCUCCAGCUGUAUCACCGCGGGCAUCAGAUCAUCCGUCACGUUCAUGAGAGGGGCCACAGACACCGCGAUGGAUCCGCAAACCGCCUGCUGAUGUUCAGCGUCCACGAUGGAUUCCUGCGUGUCUACUUACACAUUCCCAUAUAACGGAAUCAUAAAUGGAGGAGGAGAGUGACAGCCGCAAAAUUAACAACAGCUUCCUUCGGGACCACAACUAUGCAACCGAAGCUGACAUCAUCUCUACUGUGGAGUUCAACUCUACUGGAGAGCUCUUGGCCACGGGAGACAAGGGAGGAAGAGUUGUGGUUUUCCAAAGGGAGCAAGAGAGCAAGAACCAGCCUCACAGACGUGGGGAGUAUAAUGUUUACAGCACGUUUCAGAGUCACGAGCCGGAGUUUGACUACUUGAAAAGUUUAGAGAUUGAGGAGAAGAUCAAUAAGAUACGCUGGCUGCCUCAGCAGAAUGCUGCCUACUUCCUGCUCUCCACCAAUGAUAAAACUGUGAAACUGUGGAAGAUCAGUGAGAGGGAUAAGAGACCGGAGGGAUAUAACCUGAAGGAUGAAGAUGGAAGAAUCAGAGACCCGACCACCAUCACUGCGUUACGGGUGCCAGUACUCCGGCCCAUGGACCUCAUGGUUGAGGCCACACCUCGAAGAGUGUUUUCCAAUGCGCACACAUACCACAUCAACUCCAUCUCUGUCAACAGCGACUAUGAAACCUUUAUGUCCACCGAUGACUUGAGGAUCAACCUCUGGAACCUAGAGAUCACAAAUAGAAGUUUCAACAUUGUAGACAUUAAGCCAGUGAACAUGGAGGAGCUGACGGAGGUGAUAACUGCAGCAGAGUUUCACCCUCACCAGUGCAACACCUUCGUCUACAGUAGCAGUAAAGGCUCCAUACGGCUGUGUGACAUGAGGGCAUCAGCGCUCUGUGACAACCACUCAAAAUUUUUCGAGGAGCCAGAAGACCCAAGCAAUCGUUCCUUUUUCUCUGAAAUCAUCUCCUCCAUCUCUGACGUGAAGUUCAGCCACAGUGGGCGGUACCUGAUGACACGUGACUACCUGACAGUGAAGGUCUGGGAUCUCAACAUGGAGAGCAAACCACUGGAAACAUAUCAGGUCCACGAUUACCUAAGAAGUAAGCUCUGCUCGCUGUAUGAGAAUGAUUGCAUCUUCGACAAAUUUGAAUGUGUUUGGAAUGGAUCAGACAGUGUGAUCAUGACUGGUUCUUACAACAACUUCUUCCGAAUGUUCGACCGUAAUACGAAGCGUGAUGUGACACUGGAGGCGUCCCGGGAGAACAGCAAGCCUCGGGCGAUCCUGAAACCACGCAAGGUGUGUGUGGGCGGAAAGUGUCGCAAAGAUGAAAUCAGUGUGGACAGUCUGGACUUUAGCAAGAAAAUUCUCCACACUGCCUGGCAUCCUUACGAGAACAUCAUCGCUGUGGCAGCCACCAAUAACCUUUACAUAUUCCAGGAUAAGGUCAACUAGCACAACUGCACCACCUCCCCACGUACCUGAAAAGAGAGAAAGAGAGGAACAAAAUGCUGCAGCUUAGCAGGAUGAUGUAGGAAGAAGUAUAGACAGAUAAUGCUGGCCGUGUGCAAGGAUGCUGCCAGACUUUCAAAAACAAGAAGCAUCCUGCCCUGCACAAUCAUUCUUCCUCUAUUGAGUACCUGCAUUUCCUCUUCCGUAAACUUGUUUAUUUAUUGUAUUUAUUCAUUUCUCUGCUGGAAGGAAAUGCCUGACUCUUUAAAUCUGGACAAAUGUGCAUUUUCAUCGCAGUGAUAUGAAGAAUCUUUAAUAAGGCUGAAACGAACAGUGAAAAAAACAGGCCUAUGCUCACAUCUUGGCAUCAGAAACAAAGGGGUGCCUUUACAAAAAAGGAGCUCUGAAGUAAAAGUCAAUCCCAUUGGUCAUGUUUUGUCAUUUCAUGUUGUCCUCUUAUUUUGAUAUAAUCAUUAACAUAAGCUGUGGUGCCUUCUUUUCGUAUGUGGGUACUUGGGCGGCAGACAGGGAUGGAGGGUGGGUGGGAUUUCGGAAGGGUGGUAUUUGGGUUGUGAAGUGUGAAUGUUUUUACAAGAAAUGUGAAAAAUAGCUUUGUGUAAGAAGGGAAAAGAAUUGCAGCAACAUGGAUUUUCAGUACACAGACUUGAAGUACUUGAAUUUUGCAUUAUAGUCUCCACUUUAUCACAGUAUGCUCAUAAUUUAACAGUAAACCCGUUUGUUUUUUAUUCUAUUCUUCAGUGCCGUGGCUGGGUGAAAAGUAUUAUUGCAUGCAACAUGUCAUCUAUAAUGAGCCAAUGAAGAAAAUAUCUGUUCUGUACCAUCAAAUGAACCAGUAACAAUCAGAUGUCAUCUUUUCCAUUGUUUCCUCUGCAUUUGUCUGAGACUGAUCAAAACGUCAUCGUUCAGAUACGUCACUUUGGCCUGAGGAUGACAGGAACACCGGUAUCAUGAUGUAGCCUAUACAUGAUGUGAAGGUUAAAUGAUAUCAGGGAAUUUUAUUAUGUACAGAUGAACCAGUAAUGUUUUCUUCUGAAGAAAAAAAAACUUCAGUUGUAAACUUCUUAAUGACACAAAGUUUUAUAGCUCAGAAUGUAUCUACAUGCAAUUAUUUGCCAUGCAGUCUUUAUGCUUAAUGGAAUUCGUUGAAAAUAAAAAGAAAAGAAAAAAACGAAAAAGA